AUGCCUAUUUACACAGUUCCUGCCAGGAGCCCCGCUGGGACGCGAUGCACAGCCGCUCUGCAGAAGGCUUCUUCACACAAUACCCUGGCCAGCAGUAAAGCAUCUGGGCAGCAGCUGAGGUCACAGGCUUUGGGAGAAAAGGAUGGUCUGCCUUCAUGUCCUCAGAAUAAGGCUGAGGAAGUAAAUAGGACCUAUGUGAUUUCAGCUUGUGAAAAAGGGAAUGAUGUGUCAACUUCUUUUAAACUGGAAGGCAGAUUAACACUCCAGAGGAGAACUGGAGCGAGCAAAAACUCAGUGUCUGGUAGUGGCACAACACAGAGUACAGAAGAACUACAAACAGAGCAAAGACUGACUCUGCGGAGGUGUGUGAGGGCUGCCUGCGCAGAGAGGAGUACAGUUCAUCAGAAUGUUGUGCCUAGAAAAGGGAAUGGUAACUUUGAUGCACAAGGAAAUGACAAGAUUACACUUCCACAGAGUAUAAAGGGUACAGAUGGUAUUAAACCAAACUUGAAGUUAACUGAGAGUCAGUCAAGUACCAAGUUGCAGCAUAGCCUGAACAACAAGGAUUCCUUUGGUUUAGUUGGUGGUGUCUGUGAAAAUGCAAUCAACACGUGUUUAAAGGAUAAGACAAGCACUGCUGACACAAAGUUUCAAAAUGAAGUUCCUAAAUCAGAACGGUUUGUUAUCUCAAAAUGUACUAAAAACCUAUCAGGAGAACAAUCGAAUGAAAGAGGCCAUAUAAAUAAGCUAGCUGGAAAGCAAAGGGUACAACACUUGAUGAUGAAACACAGCAGCUUGGAAAGACCAAAGACACCAGCAAAAGUUUUAACAGAAAGAUUUACACUUACACCAAAGAACAGCACUUCUCAAAAUCAACUGUCUCUCAAGCUGGCCUCAAAUGAACAAUCACCUCAUCUGCAAAUUGCAACCAAGAAACUCCCUAGUGUCUCCAGCUCUUUCCCUGUGAGUACAAGUUCAGAAACAAAAGCGAACACAGAAAUUUUAGCUGAGAGCAGCAGUACUGGGGAAGAUGUUUCCAAAGUGAAAAACAGCAAAGUGAUUGUAGCUGUGCGGGUGCGACCCUUCAGUAACAGGGAGAAAACUGAAAACUCAUUCCCUGUGAUCUACAUGAAUGAUUCAGAGACAACUGUACGAAAUCCAUCCACAAACCAAGUUUACAGCUUCAGUUAUGACUUCUCCUUCUGGUCUUUUGACAAGGAUCAUCCUAAUUUUGCAAGCCAAGCACUGAUCUAUAGAACUUUGGCACUGCCACUUCUCGAAAGAGCUUUUGAGGGAUACAACACUUGUCUUUUUGCUUAUGGGCAGACUGGCUCUGGAAAAUCGUACACGAUGAUGGGAUUUGAUGAAGACCGAGGAAUAAUUCCAAGGCUUUGUGAAGAUCUUUUCAAUCAAAUAGCACAAAUGGACAAGGAACAGGUUUUGUAUCAUCUUGAAAUGAGCUUCUUUGAAGUAUACAAUGAGAAAAUUCAUGAUUUGCUUGUCUUUAAAGCUGAAAAUGGACAGAAGAAACAACUUCGUGUAAGAGAACAUCCAGAGUUAGGACCAUAUGUGGAAGGCCUGACAGUGAAUGUUGUCCGUUCUUACUCAGAUAUUCAGAGUUGGCUUGAACUGGGAAAUAAGCAGAGAGCAACAGCUGCUACAGUAAUGAAUGACAAGAGCUCUAGAUCUCAUUCUGUCUUCACCCUUGUCAUGACACAAACCAAGGUAGAGUUUGUGAAUGAAGAAAAGUGUGAUCGUAGGCUCACCAGUCACAUAAAUCUAAUUGAUCUAGCUGGCAGUGAGUGCUGUACAAAGGCUCAGACCACUGGAGAAAGGCUGAAGGAAGGUGUGAGUAUCAAUAAAUCACUGUUGACCCUUGGAAGGGUUAUUUCUGCACUGUCUAAACAGUCUCAAAAUGGAAAGAAAACUUUCAUUCCAUACCGGGAAUCCGUCCUUACUUGGCUGUUAAAGGAAAGUCUUGGUGGCAAUUCCCAAACAACCAUGAUUGCCACAGUGAGCCCAGCUACCAGCAGCACCGAGGAGACGCUCAGCACCCUUCGCUAUGCCAAACAGGCUUGUUCAAUUAUUAACAUUGCUAAAGUGAAUGAAGACGUAAAUGUCAAACUAAUCAGAGAAUUAAAAGCUGAAAUUGAAAAACUGAAGGCAGCUCAGAAAAGUGCUCUGAACACCGAUCGUGAAAAAUACAGGCGUUACAUGCAGGAAAUAACAUCUCUGAGGGUAGAAUUGCACCAGCAGGAGCAGAACAUGGCAGAAAUGCAAAGGGCCUGGAAAGAAAAACUUGAACAAGCAGAAAAAAGGAAGUUGGAAGAUAUAAAAGAAUUGCAGAAAGCUGGAAUUGCAUUCAAAAUGGACAAUCAUUUACCAAACCUUGUCAAUCUCAAUGAAGAUCCUCAGCUUUCUGAGGUGCUGUUAUAUAUGAUCAAAGAAGGAGAAACUACAGUUGGAAGGUGUACACCAAAUUCAAAACAUGAUAUCCAGCUUUCUGGAGUCCUGAUUGCUGAUGACCAUUGUGUCAUUAAAAAUACUGUUGGCCAAGUAAGUAUUAUUCCACUGAGAGAAGCCAAGACAUAUGUAAAUGGGAAAUGCAUUUUGGACCCAACAAUUCUGCAUCAUGGUGAUCGAGUGAUUCUUGGGGGAGACCAUUAUUUCAGGUUUAAUCAUCCAGCAGAAGUUAAGAAAGUUAAAAUACCUUCUUGUGGGACUUCAUGUUUGCAUGAUGGUACAAAAGACUUUGAAUUUGCAAAGAAUGAGCUGCUUAUCGCACAGCGAGCACAGCUUGAAUCAGAAAUUGAAGAGGCACGACUCAAAGCCAAGGAAGAAAUGAUGCAAAGUGUCCAAAUAGCAAAAGAGAUGGUUCAACAAGAACUGACUGCACAAAAAGAAGCAUAUGAGAGCAAAAUAAAAUCCCUGGAAGCAGAGGUGAGAGAAGAAUCUCGUAAGAAGCAAAUCCAAGAACUGAAUAACCAAAAAGCUACAACUAAAAUACAGGAGCUAGAGAAGGCAAAGAAAAGCCUUGAGCUAGAACUGCACUUCAAUAAGAAGCGUUUAGAAAUGGAGACCUUAGCUACCAAGCAGGCUCUAGAAGACCAUACUAUUCAUCAUGCAAAGAUAGUGGAAGCUCUGGAAGCUGAGAAGCAGAAGAUUGCUGAGGAAAUACAUACCCUUCAGAAGAAUCAUGGAAGUGGGAACAAACCAGUGAUGAUUCCACUGAACUGGAAGUCUCUGAAGCUGUCUGUGAUGAUUAAAGAGGCUAACACCAUUAGCAAUGCAUUAGGGAAAAACACUGUUUUCUGCAGGCAUGACAAAAUUGAUGAUAAAACAGGAACAGUGUCUUCCAUUCAGGUGCAGGUUCGUAACACCAAACUGGGAAUAACAACUUUCUGGAGCCUAGAGAAAUUUGAAUGUAAACUAGCUGCAAUGAAAGAACUCUAUGAGAGUAAUGAUAGAAAUAAAGCUGUUGUUGAUGUGUUUUAUGAUCCUGCUGAUGAGUGGGAACCUGACCUUUCAGACAGCUCCAUUUCCUUGCUUUCCAGAAGAAGAAGUAGAAGCUUCAUGAAGAACAAGAGAAUUUCUGGAUGUUUGUCUGAGAUAAAAUUGCAAUCUAUUCAGAAUAAACAGACUUCCUAUAUAUCAGGUUCACUGAACAAGUCUAGCAUAUGCUCAAGCACUUCUGAAUUGUUUCUUCCUGGAAUUUGCAAGGAAUCUAUAAGUUCAGCUUUAGAUUUGCUGGAACAGAAUCAUGAAGGAGGAAAAAGCAUAGCAGAUAGUCUCCUAACUAAUUUGUUUAUAAUUCUUUCUGGAGUGUCUGCCAUUUCAAAAGCCUAUGAACAGCAAGAUGAAGAAUGUCAGGAAAACUUUUUCUCUCUUGAUCGUGCUGCUCAGUCCUACAGCAUCAGAAUUGUCUCUGCUUUUGACCAGAUUGUGGUUAUAUGUAAACUCUGGCUUAAUAAUAUUCAAAAGUGUCCUGGAUCUAGAAAAGUUGAUGAAGAAAUGAAACAGGAAAUAAAGAACUUGGGAGGUUAUUUACAGUUGCUGUUGCAGGGGUGUUCUUCAGAUAUAUCCUCUAUGGUAACAGAAGCAUGGAGCAAAGUAAACCAAACAAUAAAACAAACAAUGAAAUAUAUAGGACACAUGGCGGUAGUCACAACAGCUGAUAUUUCAUUGCCUGAAGAGAACAACAUUCCAGCCUCAAGUCUACAGGAAUUUGUACUUGCCAUUUAUGAUGGAGUAAGCUCAGGACUGGAGUGUCUCAUUGAUGCUGUACAGGAGAAAGCAAGAAUAGUACAGAAAGAACUUGUGAAACAAUGUCCUCAGAAUGAGAUAAUAGUGAAACCAUCCAAACUAUUUUGUUUCAGUGUCUUUUGCUUAACUCCCAAAUGCUUUGUGUUUCCAUCAAAAGGAACUGAGCUCUCAGCUUUCCAGAUUCAGAAUCGAAUAAAGGAUAAUGUGGUGGCAUUAGCCAGAUUCCUUGAAAAUAACAUGUCUUACUGCAGAAAGAAAGAAACAGAAUCUCAGUUGCCAGAGGAAGACUCUCUAUAUCGAGAAAUAAAGAAGAACACUAAGAUUGCUGUGAAGUAUUUGGAAUUGGAGCAGUGCCUGACUGAAGUCUGUCAAAUUGUCUCGUCCAUGUUACGAGGAUUGUACAGAAACACCAGCCCUCUCAGGAGCUCUGCAGAAAAUAUUUCUGUCAUUGGUGGAUAUUUUAGUAACUAUUUCAGUUUAUUUGCCUUGUCUUCUGCAAACAACCCUAAUCAGAAAAUGCAUGUGCCUUUUAUGAACCUGGAUGAAUUGGACUCUCUGGUUGAUUCCCUUAUUAUGAAUUUUGAACUUGAACAAGGACAGCCAUCACUGCAAUCUCAAAAUAUUUGUCAUGAAACUACUGAGACUCGAGGAGGACAGGUUGAAACAGGUCAGGUUGAAUUUGCUGGGAAAAGGAAUGGGAUUCCAGAAUGCACACAGACUCCAGAGCUUUCACCUGGUAGGAUAGAAUGGGUAUAAAAUGCUAUUAUCAGGAGAUCAAAGAAAACUUUCUUGUUGCAGCAUAUCACAAAAAGCUAAAAUUUAUCACUAAUAUGAUUAAGUGAGUCAUGAGAAAGUAAAAUGCCAUGUUCAGGUUCCCUAUAUUUCACCAAAGAAAAAAUACGUUCCUUAAGCGUCUGUCAAACAUCAAAAUAUAAUUCCUUUUGUUUUAAUAGAAGUCUAUUGCUACCUAAGUUUGAGAAAUAAUUUGAUUUUUUUUUAAAAAUUUUGCU